GUUACAUGUAACAUGGAGCAGUGUCGGAAUGGGGUGUCGGGGACCCACCAGGGGGGAAUAUGAUACAGCAGACCCCAUAGUCUAGGCUCCCCACAACCAUAGUUUUUGCUGUAUUGUAAUUACCCCACUGAAUAAAGGACAGAGAUCAGAAGUGUAACUAGCAAAUGGGCAAGGGGGUUGGCUUGGAUCUGGGCCAUGAUAAAGAAUACAUUGGGCUGUCUAACAUGGAGCUUGUCUAACAUGGAGCUUGUCUAACAUGGAGCUUGUCUAACAUGGAGCUUGUCUAACAUGGAGCUUGUCUAACAUGGAGUUUGUCUAACAUGGAGCUUGUCUAACAUGGAGCUUGUCUAACAUGGAGCUUGUUUAUCAUGGAACUUGUGUAACAUGGAGCUUGUCUAACAUGGAGCUUGUCUAACAUGGAGUUUGUCUAACAUGGAGCUUGUCUAACAUGGAGCUUGCCUAACAUGGAGCUUGUUUAACAUGGAUCUUGUCUAACAUGGAGCUUGUCUAACAUGGAGCUUGUGUAACAUGGAGCUUGUUUAACAUAGAGGUUGUCUAACAUAGAGUUUGUCUAACAUUGAGCUUGCCUAACAUGGAGCUUGUCUAACAUGGAGCUUGCCUAACAUGGAGCUUGUCUUACAUGGAGCUUGUCUAACAUUGAGCUUGUUUAUCAUGGAGCUUGUUUAUCAUGGAGCUUGUUUAUCAUGGAGCUUGUCUAACAUGGAGCUUGUCUAACAUGGAGCUUGUCUAACAUGGAGCUUGUUUAUCAUGGAACUUGUGUAACAUGGAGCUUGUCUAACAUGGAGCUUGUUUAACAUAGAGGUUGUCUAACAUAGAGUUUGUCUAACAUUGAGCUUGCCUAACAUGGAGCUUGUUUAACAUAGAGGUUGUCUAACAUAGAGUUUGUCUAACAUGGAGCUUGUCUAACAUGGAGCUUGUCUAACAUGGAGCUUGUUUAUCAUGGAGCUUGUCUAACAUGGAGCUUGUCUAACAUGGAGCUUGUUUAACAUAGAGGUUGUCUAACAUAGAGUUUGUCUAACAUUGAGCUUGCCUAACAUGGAGCUUGCCUAACAUGGAGCUUGUUUAACAUGGAUCUUGUCUAACAUGGAGCUUGUCUUACAUGGAGCUUGUCUAACAUGGAGCUUGUUUAUCAUGGAGCUUGUUUAUCAUGUAGCUUGUCUAACAUGGAGCUUGUCUAACAUGGAGCUUGUUUAUCAUGGAGCUUGUCUAACAUGGAGCUUGUUUAUCAUGGAGCUUGUUUAUCAUGGAGCUUGUCUAACAUGGAGCUUGUUUAUCAUGGAGCUUGUCUAACAUGGAGCUUGUCUAACAUGGAGCUUGUCUAACAUGGAGCUUGUUUAUCAUGGAGCUUGUCUAACAUGGAGCUUGCACCAGAGUAAUUGUCCUAGAUGGUAUGGCAAUGAUACUGAUUAUUAGAGCCAUGGGGAGUUGCAGUUUGACACUGCCAUAAGGCCGAGCCCAUCCCUGCAUUACAUAGAGCUUGAGAGAUAUUUCUGGCAUUUCCUUGUUUAGUUCUAAGUAGCAGCCAAGUGUCCCACACCUUGUCCUUGUCACAGGCUCCCCGCCCCUAAUCUCGCCCUCAGGUAUGUGGCAGAGCAGCGCGGGACGAGCACGGGAUGAGGAAGUAAGGUGUUUCCAGCAGGUUGGACUCUCACGUUCAUUGGGAGGGAAGGCCCCACAGUCCCUCCAUUGCUCUGCUUCCCUCACUUCCACUUUCUUCUCCUCCAACGCCCUGAGAGUGGGGGCCAAUGUCCUGACUCAGAGUCAUUUCAGGUCACCUUGUCCUCUUCUCCAGGGCAGGCAGAGGUGGGACGAGAAGCCCGAGACCCUUGCUUUGAUAUUCCCUGGGAACUGGUUGGAUGGCAACGCCAAGAUGAGCCAUCGGCCAAAGCGUUUCGUCAGUCUCUGGGACUUCAAGGCUGAAGCGCCGGAGGAAUUAAGCUUCAAAGUUGGAGACGUCUUCGAAGUUCUGGACAGAAGUGGAGACUGGUGGCACGUGCAGAAGCUGAAGGGGGACGGGAAGGGAAAGCCCGAGGUGGGAUACGUCCCAUACAAUUUCCUGGCAGAGGAAGGAACAGUGGAAGAGCAGGAAUGGUUUUUCGGGGAAAAGAGUCGCACGGAGGCGGUGAAUCUGCUCAUGGAUGAGGGGAAUACCAAUGGGUCGUUCCUGAUCCGCGCCAGCGACAAACAUGGAAUUCUCUAUGUGCUCUCAGUGAGACACCAGGACUCCACCAGGCACUUCAAGAUUAUGAGAAACCCCGAGGGGCAAUUUCACCUGAACAACAUGACCUUCUUCCCUGACCUAAAGCAGCUGGUAGAGACCUACUGCAAGAAGCCAAUUUGCCCCGGGCUGACCCUGACCAAACCAUGUGUGAAGAAUGAGCCAGUGGUGAGUGACCUGAGCCCAGUACCCCUGGAUGAAUGGGAGAGGCCAAGGGAGGAGUUUACCCUCGUCAAGCGCCUCGGGAUGGGGAACUUCGGUCAAGUGCACGAAGGACUUUGGAAGGGAAAACUCAAAGUUGCUGUUAAGACUAUAAAACGAGAUGCCACCAGUCAGGAUCUGUUUGUGAAGGAGACCGCAUUUCUGAAAACCCUGCACCACAAGAACUUACUGUCGCUGUAUGCGGUGUGUUCUGUCGGCGACCCUUACUACAUUGUCACCGAGCUGGUACCCAGGGGAGAUCUACUUAACUAUCUACGAGAUUUAGAGAAAGAUGAGUUGGAUGUUGAAGGCCAGCUGGACAUAGCAACCCAAGUGGCAGAAGGGAUGAGAUAUCUUGAGUCUCAAAACUGUAUUCACCGGGACCUGGCGGCCAGAAAUGUCCUGAUGGGAAGAAACAACAUCUGCAAAAUCGCUGACUUUGGGAUGGCCAGAGUUAUCCUGGAUUCCUACUAUGUGUCAGCCUCCAAGGAAAUUCCCUUCAAAUGGACAGCUCCAGAGGCCGUGGAAUACGGACGUUAUACCGUCAAGUCCGACGUCUGGUCUUUUGGGAUUCUCUUGUAUGAGAUCAUGUCACUUGGCAUGCAACCCUACCCAGCUCUAUCAAACUAUGAAGUGCUCGAGUUCCUCAACAGAGGCCAGAGGAUGAAAGCUCCACCCAGCUGCUCCACGCGAGUAUACAAUAUAAUGUUGACGUGUUGGGCUUGGAACCCCAACGAGAGGCCGAGCUUCGACGAUCUCAGGACGAUGCUAGAGAACUUGUCUAACUAUGAAGGUUCGGAAGUCGCCCCCAAACCCUUGCAACCCAAAGGGCGGUUCAUGAUAGGGAAAAGAUGACGGAUUUGUGGGGACCAGCGAUUUCAAGGGAAAGUGACCACCAUGUGUUCUUCUCCUCAAGCCUGUACCACGUGACCUCCAAAGCCCCCAAUUUGUAACCCUUUGGUGCCUCCAAACAACACAAAAUGUAUCUCUGUCACCUGAGAACCAAGUAAACUUACCCCAAAAACUUUUUGUAUUAAAUUAAAAAAAAAAAAAAAAGCAAAACGAGGUCUCAAUAUUUUAUUUU